AUGGUAAAAGAAUAUGGUAUACGAGCGUACAAAGCAAUUCAGGACUAUUUCUCCCCAGAACCGAAAAACCUGGAAUUCCAAAAGGGUGAUGAUGUUACCCAUGUUAAGGUCUUAAACAAAGAAUGGGCUUUAGGACGAAAUAAGAGAACUAAGAAAACAGGCUGCUUCCCAAUAUCGUUCAUUGAAUAUGAUAAAUCUCUUUGGAAUCGGCUUUCUUUUAACCAGAAACCAAAAAUUCCAAAGACCUCACAUCGAACAACUGUUAUAGAAACGGCUGAUUACAGUGAAAGCGACGAUGAAGAGAUGACCAUGACCAGUGAAACGCAGAAAACAUUACCAGCUAAAGACGAACUAUUUCCGAGUCAUGUAACCAAUUUAACAAAACUAAUAAAAGCUAAAUCAUACCACGGAAAGGCUAAAGAAAAGAAGUACGAGUAUACAAUGAAUGCAGAGAUAUUGCAGAAAAAUACCCGUACUCUGAUAGACGAGCUCAAGUUAAGGCUUCAGUCAAAAAAUCCUACUCGAUCAAUGAGUUUCCGUACUCAGUCUCUCAUACGAAGGAUAGUUGUGGCGGUUUGUGGUGUUUUGUUAGGAGCUAUUCUUUGUGGCGCUCUUUUCUCCAUCUGUGUUUUCAGCUUCGGUUAUUCAUAUAAAGUUUCAGGCAUUGUCACAGGUUCAGUGUUUCUUUUGGUUCUUAUUGGAGUUGGCGGAAGUCGAUUUCUAAGUUGCUGUCUGCUUCUUGUUGUUCCCUCUUUAUUCACGUCACAAGGUAGAUCGUUAGCCCUAGCAGCCAUAUUUAUCUUACUAAUGGCGGGUCCAGGAACAAAUGUCGUCAAGAAUACAGUGGAAAUAUCGAGGUGCUUGGCAUGUGUGGCCGACUUGAUCCAGAAUCAGCUAUUGCAACUUGCAAAACAAAUCAAAGCUCCUUUCGAUCGCAUCGCUGCAGCGCUGAGAGAUGUGUUUCAAAGAGUUCUUAGUGGUCUGCAGGAAGUUAUAGAUACCAUAGAUGCUGUGGCCACCAAAGUACAAUCCUUCUUGAAAAAAGUGAAAGAAAUCGCCUCAAAGAUUACUGGUGUUUUCACUGAUUGUGCAGCAACUAUGGAAAAAGCAAAAGGUGAAUGUGAAUCAGCGAUAGGAAAAGCAGAAACAGCAUGUGACGACGCACUGAAGGCAGCGGAAGAAUGGCUGAAAAAAGCCGCAGAGAAAAUAAUCAGCCCGUUCAAAAAGGUUGCGAGUCUCUGGGGGAAAAGACGUAAGCGUGCUCUCGGUAUAUCACACUCAAGCCAAACAAACAGAACAGUCUCACAGAAGUAUAAAAUACCACAUUCAAGCCAGACAAACAGAACAGCCAUAUUGAAGGACAGAGUACCACACUCAAGCCAGACAAACAGAACAGUCAUAUUGAAGGACAGAGUACCACACUCAAACCAGACAAACAGAACAGUCAUCGGGAUGGAAAACACAUCACUCAAAAGUCGAUCAGACAGAAUGCUCAUUCAGAGGGAGAGAAUAUUACAGUCAAGUCAAAAAAACAAAACGACCAUCGGGAGGCAAGUGGUUGACAUGAUUCCAAACACUGAUCUUACUGACAGGAAAGAGGGAUAUAGUCAAUCAUUCGACAUUUUACCUUUCGAGCCAAGAAACAACAGUAUAUCGUCACAAAUGAUAGCGAGUUCUUGGUCUGAGGUUCCCAUUUCCUCAGAAAAACAAAGGACAAAUAGAAGUGUGUGGUAUUUUUUGGGCGAUGAGGUUCCUUUUGUAUUUGAAGAAAGAGUUGCCAGGAGAAAACGCUCGAUCUGCAGUGUUCUUGGAGCUGUUGAUGUUGUUUGCAAUGUCGUCGAUAUUCCAGGAUCCAUAUGCAAGGCCAUCAGUUUUGCUUCAAAUGGGUUAGAAAACGCAGCACAGUCUGCAAUGAACGAAUUUCAAAACCUGAAAAGCGAAUUCGUUUUUGGUUUCAAUGCUUCUUUUGAUAUAGACAACAAUAUAAAUUCUUCAAAGUCUGCAUCACAAAUUGUCGACCAGGUCCUUGCCGAUAUUUCUAGUAAAGUGUCAAAUAUAUUUAAAAUAUCGAGUUUCAUCAGCCAGGCUCUAGGUGUCACUGUCUUUUUCCUUUUCCUCAAAGCUGUUAUUUACAUGACUCGAUACAUGAAGCAGGAUUUCUACGAUAACAUUUAUAUAUCUCCCGAGUUUAUCGAGUAUGACAAACGUUGUCAGAAAGAGGGAAGAGAAUGGGUUCUUCCAUUAAAGUUUAAGGAACAUUCAAAGUAUAUAAUCACUUCUUUACCAUUUCCCACAGCCCAAGAAUUAUCCCUGGCCAUGACAGGUUUAACCACAUUUUUUACACAUUUUGGAAUAGCCGUUGUCGUCAUAGGGUUUAAUUAUGCUCUCUACUAUCUACUCGUAUUGAUUGAAAAAUAUGGUCAAGUAAUGGUCCUCUCCUCCAGUGUUUCCGGUCUUAACGUCACAGUGGAGGGGAGUGGAUUUCUUGCAAAUUUUCUUCGCAACCUUAUAUCAAAUUUAGACCUCAAUGUCAACAUUACUCUAGAAUUCAAUGUAACUGAAUGCUUACCUAGUCCAAAUCAACCAAACGAAAGCGACAUUCCGAUAUUUUCUCUGUUGUAUGGUGGCGUCCUCUUCCUAGUUUUAAUUCAGAUGUACUCGCUUCGAAUCCGUCGUGUCAUAACAUCUCAUUUCUAUCCAGACCGAGAACGAGAGAGGUGCCGUCUGCUUCAUGAGUUAAUACGUCAUCGGAGGAAAACGCUCUUCACGUAUGUGAGACAGCGUUUACACUUGCGUCGACACGACGUAGACAAUCGUGUGUCUAUUCGGGGGCUCCUUGAAUAUAGUCAAUUUGGAAUAUUUUGUAAACCGUUACUUGAUUUUUGUUUGCCAAAGAAAGCAACAUGCAUUAGCUGUGAAGAAGAAGCAAGCGGAAACGUAUCCUUUAGAAAAUGUAAAAAGUGCAAGUCUUUGUAUUGCAAAAAUUGCUUCGAGAUGUUUCAAAAUAACUGUUUGCUUUGUCAUGCUAGGCAAGAUAUUCGAGUUGGUAAUAACAAGGUGUGA